GUUUAGCACAGGCGGGGGGAGAGAUGUUGGAAUACUGGUGGAGGGGAGAAAAAUAACGCAUAGCCAAGCGUUUGCUCUAAUUUUAAAGUCGUUUGUUGUGCUAAUUGACAGAAUAGAAGCGCUCUUUAUUGUAAGGGUAACCCAGAAUGGCAUCAGCUCCAGCCCAGCAGCCCACACUGACAAUAGAACAAGCCAGAGUGGUGCUGAGUGAGGUGAUCCAGGCCUUCUCUGUGCCUGAGAAUGCCUCUCGAAUGGAGGAGGCGAGAGAAAGUGCCUGCAAUGACAUGGGUAAGAUGCUCCAGCUGGUUCUACCUGUGGCUACACAAAUCCAGCAGGAAGUGAUCAAGGCCUACGGCUUCAAUAACGAAGGAGAGGGUGUUCUGAAGUUUGCCAGACUGGUGAAGAUGUACGAAUCUCAGGACCCCGAGAUCGCUGCCAUGUCACUCAAGCUUAAGUCUCUUCUCCUGCCACCUCUGUCGACUCCGCCCAUCGGUGGUGGAAUUCCAGCAUCCUAAAUAUCCACAUCGUGGGGGUUCAAAACCUCUCCAGUCUCAGUUACUGUCCCGCAUCAGAAAUACUGGCAUAUUUUCCAGGCUAUAAAACUAAAAAACACCUAAAUAUAUUCCAAAUCAAUGUAUUCGCAUCUGUCAGUCACUACAUUGUCGCAGAUGUUUUGAUUUGUAGAAGUACAGCGUAGCCUGCUGGUGGCUGACGUUUAAGGCACGUUUUUACUGCGGGAACUUUCAGCAUGUUAAUCUCAACGGAACAAACAGGAAAAAUAUACAUGGCUGUUGUGCAGUCUGCACACACUUUUCACGGUUCAUUUCUGUAUCCUUCAUAGUUGUUGCAGUGAAAAUUCCAGAAUGAUGAUGGAAAUGCAACUUUGGACAGCAUCUUCAGCUUCGCUUCAUUUCCAGUCGCAACGUCUGCUUUAAAGAGCACAAAUAAAUCAAUCAUAUACAAAUUAUAGUCUGGAAAAUCCACUAUUCAAAUCCUGAACUUCUCACAUUUCCAUGGCAUUCCAUACUUUUGGUAUUAGUAUUUCAUAUUCUCGCUCGUGUUUAUUUGUAUUUUGCUGUGUAGUAUACACUCACCGGCCACUUUAAUAGGAACUUGUUCUUGAUUCUAAGAUGCCUCUUCUUGGAGUGGAACCCAGCGUGGUGGUCUACUGUUGCGUGCUGAGAUGCUUUUCUGCUCACCACGGUUGUAAAGAGUGAUUAUAUGAGUUGCUAUAUCCUUCCUGGCACUUCGAACCAAUCUGGCCAUUUUCCUCUGACCUCUCAUCAACAAGGCGUUUGUUUCCACCCACAGAACUGUCACUCACUCAGUGUUUUUCACACCAUUCUGUGUAAACUCUAGAGACUGUUGUGUGUGAAAACCCCAGGAGAUCAGCAGUUUCUGAAAUACUCAAACCAGUCCAUCUGGCUCAAACCAACACCCAUACCACAGUGAAAGUCAUACUUUGAGAUCAUAAUUUUUCCCAUUCUGAUGUUUGAAGUGAACAUUAACUGAAGCUCUUGAUUUGUAUCUGCGUGAUUUUAUGCAUCGUGCUGCUGUCAAGGGAUCGGCUGAUUUUAGAUAACUAUAUAAAAAGGCAAGUGGAUGGAUGUUCCUAAUAAAGUGGCUGGUGAAGAUUUGUCUGAAAUCUAUUUCCGGUUCAGAAUAAAGUGAUAUCUCACUCUGAUGCAAGUUUAAAGGAGAACUGAAGUCAUUUUUAAACUUGCUUUAUUUCUUAAGGCCCGGUCACACAGCGCUUUACGGCUUUAUCACGGCCAAAACCCGUCAAAAAGUGCUCUCCCGUGAAGCAGACGAUGUUGUUCGUGUUGAUGUCGAAGUUAAGACGUGUUACAGUCGAUAUACAGACGUGACAGGACGCAGGGGAAAAUCGGAACGGCGUCGGACGCGGCAAAAAGUUUUGGACUGCUCAAAACUUUAGACCGCGGACAACCACGGCCGGCACACGUGGUAAAGACGUGCAACACAUGUGAAAAACACGUGAUAAUCAGUGUCCCGGCCGUUAUUAAAACUUGGGGAGACGUGGUAAGACGCGAAAGUUUGGCGGUCUAUCACGGGCAGAGCACGGUCAUCGGACGGGUGUUACGCGUUGGUAUCACGGGAUAUAGCGUGUGUUUAGCGGCUUAUCACUGAGAAAUGGAUUUUUCCGCGUACAUAGCACUGUCUAAGCCCGUUAAACGACGUCUCAAACAAGUUCUAAAUUCGAUUGAUCACUGUCUAAUCACUUCUGCAUCACUUCUGAUUUGCGGCAUGUAUAAAUACCGUAAUUUUCUGAGACCUCGGCACUUGCAGUCUAGAUGUCAAGGGGUGAACAUGAACCCUCAACGCUGUGAUGUCCUCAUCUUAAUGCUCCAGCACCAACAGAACCAACUGAUACAGGCUCAACAUAUCCUUGCUGAGAGAAGAAGGAGGAGGAGGAGGGUGGUACGGAACAUCUGGGUGCGUGGCUGGACUUGGUUAGCUGUGCUUAGGCAGUGCUGCAGCAGUGAAACAGCCGCCGACGGCCAUACCCCGUACAAAGCACGGCAAAGCCAAAAUUGACCAAAAAUUAGCACUUACGACCACGUCCACCAGAUUUUUGUAUCUUUUUGUACGCGAUAUAGACGCGGAGUGCUGUGUGACCGCCCCUUUAAUUAAAGUGUUAUUCAGUUACGUUUUCGGUUUUAGUAACCUUAUAUCGUGACUCAUAUUGGCAACUAACUGCAAUUAAAUAUUGUACUUAUCGGCCUGUUCGGUUUUUAGCCGUGUUGAAUUUAGUUCGUUUGGUCCACGGUAGGUGUCGCUUAUCCACGCGAUCUUCACGAGACUUGUGCGAGACUUCGAAACGUGAAGUGUCAGCGCCACCAUUUUGAAAACUGUUUUCCAAAUGAAAUAUUGCACAAAAACGAGUUUAAAUGACGAUUACUGCCUACUUUUUUCAAACUUUCCCGAUUGCUAUCAAAACAAACAAAAGUUACGGCUUGAUUACGUCAGCAUUCAAAAGAGGGCGCGUGCGUCUUUUGACAGUGUUGGCAGACGUCGGUCACUUUGAUUUCCGCUGUACGUUUUACUUCCGUCCUACGAUGUCUCGCACAGGUCUCAACGAAUCUCGUUUACGGCCGUUGCUUUGACAUAUGGACUGAUAUAUUACAGAGCGUAUUUCAAACACUCAUAACUUGCUAUUAGCAGUGACAGGAUAGCUAUCAGAAAUGCAUUCCGAUAUUUAAUAAAAUGAGAAAUAGAAUUUUGAUGAUUAAAAAAAACGUUCUCCCUUCAGUUCUCCUUUAAAUCUUCCAGCUGCUGUGGAAAUUCCAAAGAUCCUGAGAAACAGUCUUGCCAGGAAUAAAAUGUAGUAUAUGGUAUGUACAGUAGUCAAUCAGUGAAACGUAUUUGUUUUUGUCUCACCCAAAAUCUUUUGCAUAAAUAGUUUCUUCAAUUCACAUCCAGUUCACUCAGCAUACUGAGUUACUGUAAUGUAUAAACUUCAGCGUGAAGCAGUACAGCUGCAACAUUACAAGAGCCGCCAUUUUGGAACACUGGAGGCUUAAAAAGAACAUAUACUAAGACUUCUGUUGCGACAGACUUCAUUAUGCUCAAAGCUCCAGGUCAAAACUAAAGAACAAACCGACUACAUUUGGGAACAUAUGAAACUGUCUGUAUGUAGGUUAAUAUGUGCGUAUGGUCUAAACUGGAGCAGAUCCAGGAUAAGGAGAAUCGGCUUCGCAGUCAGGAGGACCGCUUUCAUACAGCAAACUGUCUGCCAAAGUUUGUGGCUGAGUUUAGUUUCUUUGUGCAAAAGACCACUGUUCAGUAUCAUCUGCUGCUUCAGUUGGAGAAACUCAAAAGUUCAGCAAAACACUAAUAUUCAUAAUUCCCCCCCCCGCUUCCCAUUUUUCUUUCUUUCUACCUUAUUUAUAUUUUGUGUAUUUUUAAUUUUCAGUGUGCAAUAAAAAAUCAGCAUCAACACUC